CAGCUCAUCCUAUAUACCCACCCGUCAUGCCGGUCGAUGAUUUUCCUUAUGAUCCGCAAAGUCCGGUCCUUCAAGUAGUAAUCUUUAGAGCUAAUAUUACACAAGUUCCACCUGGUCCAUGCGCAGAAUCACAUUGUAUGCAUCGCAUACACCCCCAAUAUACUUAUAUUUCCAUUUACGGUGAGUGACUGCAAGAUUGCUGUCGGAUUGUUGCACUGGCCUUAAGUCUGCAGGGGGGGAGACCCAGAAGUUCAAGAUAAAAGAAGACAUGGCCAAGUCACAGCCUGAGGGAUAUCUAUUGAGCAGCGUGCGAGAUGAGCGAACCAUUAGGCUGAAGACGGGUUUCGCCGCGGAGGAAUCCAUGUGGUCAAGGAGAUAUCCAGGCUGGACACAUUCGAUAUCGUUCGCAGUAGGCACUUUGCAUGGGGCUAUUAAACCAAGUCCCCACCGCCCAUCCUCGGAGAUGAACAAUUUCCAGUCUGACUCUCCUGAUCUGGCCAAUGCUCUCCACACCCUCGACCUCGCUGGGCAAGAUGUUGACAAUGCUCCCUUCACCAUCGAGAGUAUCAGUCCAUCCGAUGUCAUCAAGCAUCCCAACAGAUACAUCACAUUGCUUGAGCCGUUCAUGAAUUUUACCGAUCCUGCCACGGCGCUGUUGUCUUUUGUCGGUCACGACAUCUAUUGCAGGCAGAAAAGUGUCGACGACCCUCCCUAUUCUAUUGUCGACUUCGGUCCGAAAGGUGUCGGACUUUAUGAUGUUAUUUUUAGGGACCUUUCCGAAGUCGAAUUUCCUCCUCUAGAUGUACCUGGGGUGCCUGGGGAAGGAUUCAGUGAUAAGGUGUCAGUGAGAAUCAGAUGGCCAAACUACCCAGACGCUGAGGAUGAACAAAUCAACAUUCGGCGAUCGACUCUGGAGAGGGAGUAUGUCAAGACGUACAAGGUACUGAAGAAGAUCUCGGAGUUGUUCCUUAAGUUUAUGAUAGACCAGCGGGAUUACGAGCCUCCUGAUGGCGAUUUUCAAUGGCUGCUCCGGCCUAAGGGCGUUAUCGGUUUCAACAACAUCAUUGUGCAGCGAAUCCUUAAGGUUGCCCCCGGUAGCAUCCAGCCGGUGCUUGCAUGCCAGAUCUUCGAGCAUGGUUUUCUGUUCACUUCUCUGCUGGCAGACCUUGAACACGCGAUAUCCGCACCGCUGCGCCAUGUUCCUCACCCGGUGUAUUCUCGCUCCAUCGUGAAUCACAAGGUCAAGGCUUUCGAUGAGACAUCACGAUUCACUUUGUCAGCAACAAUCGUCCGUGGUAUCAAGAUUGGAUCCUUUAUAGCGGGUAGAUCGGCAGAUUUAAGUAAAUGA